CAGAGACGAAGCUGCCCGAACACAUUGAACCGGACAGGGAACCCCGCAGACGGCAUCGGCAUCGGCCCCAGAUCUCACAAUGGUGCCCCUCCCCUUGUUCAAGCUCGCCUCGCUUCUUGUGCGGCACGUCUCCAAGUAUGGCGCGAACCGUAUCAAGGCCCAGGCCCAUGACCACCCACGAUUCCGGGCGCUCGCAGCCAGAUACGGCCAGGCUAUCCACCAAAUCAACAUGAAGAUGUCCGUCGCCCUCCUCAGAGACCCCGAAGCUGAGCGACGAGCCAAGGAGAUGGCCGAAGCGCCCACAGUCAAGACAGAGGACCAGUAUAAACGAGACGAAGAGGCCAAGCUGAAGGCGAAGAAGAAGAAUGAGCCAGCCGCGGAGAGCUAUCCCAGGUUUACACUCCAGAACGUGUGGAGACGCAAAUUCCGGCCAUUGCCAGAAGCCAAGGCUGUGGAUCUGUUUGCUGAUGUUGCGGGCGACACAUUUAUUCUUGGUGUGGCGGGAGCAUUGAUUAUAUACGAGUACUGGAAAUCGUCACAAAAGCCCGAUGCCAACAAGGAGAGAUUUGACGAGCUCAACAGAAGGUUUGAAGAGCUCCAGAAGAGGGAAGAGGAGCUAUUAGAUGCCGAGGAGAAGCAGCGACAACGAUUCGAAUCGCUCGAGGAGGCUCUCAGGGCAUUGAAGGAUCCAAAGACGAAGCAGCCGCUAUUACCGUCAUUGCAGGUCAGCUCCUAAGCAGCAUAUCUACCCAGCGCCGCGGCCGUAUCUAGUUACCAACGCUGGCUGCACAAUUCACCAAUACUACGGCCUGGUGAACUUUGAAUAGCCUUCGCGCUGGUGGAUGGUAUCUUAAGUCUCUGGGAAAAGAUAAGAUUCGAAAUCGUACUGGGGACUAGGAUAUCUUGGUAACGGCCAGACUCAAUAUCCUUGGACCGCUCAACACUCCGCUCAAUGCCUCAAGGAUGAUGUUUUUCUGCUAUUGUUUUGUAUACACUGGACAUAAAGCGUGUGGAAUAAAGGUUGGUGGAUAUUAAAAGGGAUCAAUGGGAAAGGAGUUGGACACCAAUGUGCAUGGGAAGCAGCGAAGAGGCUCCUUCCCACAUUGAACAUGUCGGUUAUUAUGGGGGCAUAGUCUACAUCUUUCAUACAUUUCAUACAAGCAACACGUAUAGAGCCUUGAAAAAGAGAGGGAAUUGCUCGAAG